AUGGUACUCCUUCGCAUGGUCACCAUCACGGUGGUGACCGUCACCAUGGUUCCGGUCACCAUGGUCCCCCACAUGGCGGCUUCCCAGCUGAAGAUUGAGGCUUCCGUGGCGUCAAAUUCCGGUCUGUUCCAGCUCCAAGUAGCCCGAUCUCUUGCCGCUCAGCUCGCCAUCGCCGUCGGCAACAUCCACGAUCAUGGAUACGUCCAUGGAGAUCUAUAUCUCGGCAACGUCCUCCUCCAAUUGCUAUCAGGUCUUGAUUACCCAUCGGAGGAACAGCUGUACGAGAAAUUUGGGGCGCCUGAACCCAAGCCGGCCCAGCGAGACGGAACGCCACUUCCACCCGGGGUUACAUCACACGUCAUCUCGCCGGUCUGGCUUGGCGAGCCGAGCGAGAAAAUCGCACUUGCUGAUGCGAAGCUCGUGCCCGCCGACUUUGGGGUCGCCUUCUGCCCCUCGCAAGAAUCGAGGUACGAGUCCCACACACCGCUCGAAAUCCGGACUCCAGAAGCUCGGUUUGAGCCGACAAAGCCCUUGUCUUUUGCGUCCGAUAUCUGGAGUCUCGCCUGCUCCAUAUAGGCUAUCCUCGGCCAGAGAUUGUUAUUCGACGGCCUGCUGGCGACACAAGAUGACAUGACGUGCGAGCAGGUCGACGCACUUGGCCUUCUGCCACUCGAGUUGUGGGGGAAAUGGGAAAUGCGGUCGAGACAGUUCACCAGAGAAGGUCAACCCCUGGAGGGUCGAUCCGUGUGGUCAUGGAACUAGCGCUUUGAAGACAGCAUACAGGAGCCACGAGGCGAUAAAGGCAUGACGAUUCUUAAUGUGGGGGAGGGAUGCUCUGUUCGUGAUGGUACGGUGGGUGCUGGCAUUCAGGCCUGGUGAUCGGCCGAGUGCCAAGGAAGCUCUAGAGACUGCGUGAAUGAGGGAAGGGCUCUCCCUUCCACCGCUGCAAUAUCUUGAUGAGAAACUGUGGCUGGCGAUCUAAUUCGGGUAG